GCGGUCGAUGUCACAGCGCACAGUUAGUGUCGUCAGUGGACUCAUUCAGCGCGGUCAGUCAAGCGGAAGUUGAAACGCGGUAACAGCGCGCUUUAGUGCAACGCGUCACGCACAAUAAUUUCCGAUUGCAAUAAAAAUAAUUUCACUUUCCGCACGCAGAACAGAGUGCAAAGCGAAUGAAAUGUGCGUGAAAUGCAACGCGGCACGCGUUUUGAGCGCGCGCCUUUCCGCGCUGCUCUUACUAGUGGCGUUUGUGUUGCAGUGCGACGCCAUCGCUGAAGAUACAAUGGACGGCGGCAGCAGUAAGCUGCAAAUAGAGCAGCCAGCCGAGGCGCUGCUCGAUCACACGCAGUCGUAUUUUUUGCCAAAUCGCACGGGCAUUGUGCAACUCUUCGAAUGGAAGUUCGCCGAUAUAGCGAGGGAAUGCGAAGAGUUUUUGGGUCCGCAUGGUUACGCGGGCGUACAGGUGUCGCCCGUUGCGGAGCAUUUGAAUGUGCGCUCCGAGUCUAUGCAGCAUCCGUGGUGGGAACGCUAUCAACCGCUCUCAUUUCAAAUUGCAUCGCGCUCUGGCGGCGAGGCAGAGUUUCAACAAAUGACUCAGGCUUGUAAUGCGGCGGGUGUGCGCGUCUAUGUCGAUGUGGUGCUCAAUCAUAUGGCAGGCGCUUACGAUCAGGCGACAGCUAGCGGCCAGCGUUUGCUUGAGGGUUUCGCCGGUUCAACAGCCAAUGCGAGCUCAUAUGACUUUACGGCGUUGCCAUUUACAAGCCGUCACUUUCAUAAACCUUGUAAGUUAUUGAAUUAUAUGGAUGCUCAUGUGGUGCGCAAUUGUGAGCUAAACGGUUGGCCCGAUCUCAAUCAUUAUCGUUUGGAUGUACGCGCAAAUUUGACGGAAUUUCUGAAUAAACUGGUGGAUUUGGGUGUAGCGGGCUUUCAUGUAGAUUCGGCGAAGUAUAUUUGGCCAAUUGACAUCAAGUUACUGUUCAAGGACGUAAAAAAUUUAAAUAGCGAGUCCUUCGAUUUUCCCGAAAAUGCGAGACCUUUUGUAUACCAAGAUGUCGUAGAUUUGGGAGUUGACUCCGUAUCAAAAACGGAGUACUCCAGCUAUGGCAUGGUCACUGACUAUUUGUAUGCCGCCGUAUUGGCCAACAUUAUCAAUGGCAAAGCGCCGCUGAGCACGCUAAUAAAUUGGGGGCCUGCAAUGGGGUUCUUGCCACAUCAGCAGGCGCUCGUCUUUGUUGACAGUCAUGAUGGACAGCGAGACCGUAAGCUUUUGGGCGCUAAUCAGCUGAUCUCGUACAAACAACCAAGGAAAUAUAUCAUGGCAACCGCAUUCAUGUUGGCACAUCCAUAUGGUCGGGUUAAACGGAUUAUGAGCUCGUAUUACUUUGCAGCAGAGCAUCCAGAACAAGGGCCGCCGUUAGAUGAAAGUGAGGAGCCCGAGGCGGAUGCUGAAGCAAAUGCCAGUAUAGCAGCGGAAGACAAUGCAGAACCAGCGGAAGGUGAGGAAGCGGCAGAUGAGGGAAAUGAAGGCACAGAAGAGGGCGAAAACGAAGCAGAAGAGGUGGAAAACAAUGCAGAAAAAAUGGAGAGCGAGGCAGAAGAGGUAGAGAGCGAGGCAAGAGAGGGAAAUGUAGAUGCUACAGUUGCGAGCUCAUCACACAUACGCUCACCAACAUUUGAUGCGGCCACUGGUCGCUGUGAGUAUGCCUCCGGUUGGGUUUGUGAGCAUCGUUGGCCGCCCAUCGUACAAAUGAUACAUUUGGUGAAUACGCUUAGCGAGCUGGAGGAUGGCGUCAUCAAUUUCCAAACGGACGGUCCGAAUCACAUAGCCUUCUGUCGCGGCAACAAAGCAUUCUUUGUGUUUAACAGCGAUCUACGCUUGCCUUAUGAUGCCGUUGUUGAGACUUGUCUACCGCGUGGUACGUAUUGUGAUGUGAUUAGUGGUGGACGUGCAGAGAAUGGUGCAUCUACUACGAGUUGUGAGGGCAAACGUGUUACAGUCGAUGCGGAGGGCAAAGCGCAUAUUAUGGUGUCAGCUGUGUUGGGCGUUGAUGAAGAGGACUUUGCGGUCGGAAGUGAUUAUGAUGAAACGGAUGUGGAAUCGAAUGAUGCCUAUGGAGUUGCAGCUGGUACGGAAGGAGAAUUUGGUGUACUGGCUAUAUAUGACGGAUCGAGAUUAGGAAAUGAAGCGCAGACUGACAGCAACGGUCAAACAUCGCCCGGUGUGGUUGAAGACGAAGCUGUAACCGAAUUAGUCGCGGAAGAUGAUGAAGAGGACUCAGCUGAUGCAGAGAGCGUGACGGAAAUUUUAGAUGUAACAAAGGAGGUUGUGUCAGCGGAAGUGCUGGAAGAUGCAGUGGUAGUGACCAAGAACGCUAAGCUGGAGGAAGUGGCAACCGAUGCGAGUGUUGAAAAUGAUAACGUCGAAGAGGAAGCACCAGUUGCAGAUGCCGCUGCAGCCGAUGAAGUAGCUGAGGAACCAGCUAACGUGCCGGUAGAAGAUGAGCAGCCAGCAGUUGCUGAGGAAGAACCUGCGGUAGUGGAUGAUACAGAGAAGACGGACGAAGCACCCACAGAGCCAAUUGCGGAAAUAGAAGAAGUAGCAGCCGAUGAGCCUGCAGCAACGGAACGCAGUGACAUCGGAAAUGAAGAAUCUAAUACUGGGAUCGCUUUAGAAGAGUCGCCAUCAGAUCCAAUCGAAACUGAAGAUGCAGUGAGUGUUGAUAAUGCAGUGACUGAAGUUCAAACUACUGGAUUGACUUUACUGGUUGGUUUAGUAAAUAUAGAGAAAGGCGUAAAAGAUUUGGAGCAGAAUACAGAGGGCGAUAAUGAAUCAGGUAUAGUGACAGGACUUAAAGAGAUCGCCGACAGUGCUGUAGAGAAAACAAAGGAGGUAAUUGCCAAGGCCGGUUUCAACAACAUUGGCGCCAGAAGCACACAAAGCAAUCAAUUUUGCAGUUUACUGAUACUAAUCAGUGCCAUUUUAAUAAAUAAAUUUGUAGAGCACUUUGCGUAAGCGAAAUGAGAAAAGUGAAUUUUCAUUUUAUUUCAUCUAUUCAAUUUUCUUUUAUUAUAUAUUUUUGCAAUUGCUUGUGACCAGUUAUACAAAAUAAACGCAAAAGAAAAUGGAA